GUUGGAAGCUUGGGAAUAUCUUUGGCAAGACUUGGGUGUACUUGUCGCUUCUGCAUCCCUCUACUAUUGUGUUUUUUUUUGUCAAAAUGGGACAAGGGAUUUGGUUUGGAUGCCCUUCCACGCAUGGCUGACCUGUUUGCUACUCUUGGGAUGUGAGUCCGUGUUUUGUUUUAAUAAGGGAUUCUAUGAUCACCUAUUUGCUUUGGAGUCGAAGGGUGCACAGCGGGCUCGUAAGCAUGUGUUCAGAGCUUGUGAUGUUGAUGGUACGAGGAGGUGAUGGACCUUAAGACCUUAAGACAAUUCCACCUUUUUUUGCACACAGUAGGAGCAUCCGUAGUUUCCAUGGUGUUCUUUCUUUUGUAUCAUCUCGUCCUGCAUCGAUUCAUGCUCGAGCCGCCCCAGCCGCUGAUUAUCCAGCUGCCGCUUGUGAAUACUGAACGAACCCAUGUCGUUCAGACGAAUGGCGCCAGCAUCUCAAAGUAAACCUUUUCUGCAAAACGCAGUCGGAGCUCUCCUCAUCCUACUGCCACUGUGGCAAACCCAAUGCCCUGCAUUUUGCAUGCAAACAAAAGCUAAUGGCCAUGAGGUGCUGAAAGGAUUGGAGAACGAGGAUACUCGACUUGCACAGUAUAUGGAAACAUUAGUUUGGCCGAAGUUGACUUGCUUCCAUGCGUUCGGCCAAACAUACAAGUUGCCGUUCCGAAGCCGGGCUGCAGGAAAUCGGAAGUCUCCCACAUCAGCUCAGUUGGAGUACUUGGGUGGAUUCUUUGAUGGCGACGGGUGCGUAGCUUGCAAAAGUGACUUGACGGCCUGUUGGCUGUCAAUGGGUCAGGUGGCAAUCAAUGCCGAAGUGCUGGUCCUUUUCGUGGAGUUCUUUGGAGGAUGCAUAUACCGUCAAGCGAAUGGCCAGGGGAUCCGACAGCCAAAACUGCAGUGGCAGGUUCAUUGUCAGGAGGCUAGAGCUGCGGCGAAGCAAUUGAGCAGUGUUUGUUUAGGCAAGAGGGAGCAGCUGGACCUGGUCAGCAAUUGGUGGGAUAACAAGGAUGAGCGGCAAUUGGUGGCUGACCAGCUGCGCGAACAGAAGAAACGCCCACCAACCAUCCCAAGCGAGUUGAGCCUUUCAUGGCCAUAUUUGGCAGGCCUGUCCGACUCUGCAGGUUGCAUUAAGCUGCGUCCCAACCAGAAUAGUAAAGCUGUCAAGCUUGAAAUUACCCAGAAAUACAAGGCUCUUUUGCUGCUGAGCAAGGCAUUUUUGGAUCGGCAGUUUGAAGAAUCGGGUGCGGAGAUUUAUUCUUGCACUAAAUCAGCAUUUCGCCUGGAAAUCACUGAUCAGAAGACUGUGCGAACCCUACUUCAAGAGCUAUUGAAAGCUGGCUUGAUGAUAAAAGCCUCUACAGCUCGAUGUGCGCUGGCUCCUCACCGCAACCACGCUUCAAUGCGAGAACAGUUGAGUGCCACCAUCACUGGCAAUCAGGGGCGCUACACCAGACUGGAUGCACAAGGCUGCCAACGGAGCAAGUCCAUUAAGAGUCUUCGCAGUAAAAUGCGGGCAGCUCAAAGGAAGCACGACAGCAAGUCUGUGGAGCAGCUAGAGAACCAACUUGCAACCCUGCAGCUCCACCACGACAUAGAAAAUGCCAAGUGUCGCAUUCGCCGUCGGAAAGAAGACAUCAAAAUGCUGUUGGCCGCAGGUGCAACAUCAUCAAAACCGUCUCCCGCAAGUGUGGUAGAUCUCGAUCAUGACCUGGUGUCCUCCGAGAAAAAUGAAAGUGCGCCAAUUGUCGUUUGUCAUCGCAUCAUUCGACCCAGACUGGCUGAGCACCUCUUCAAUGUCUCAAACAGACGUAUCAACUAAUCA